GGCGGCAGAAAAGUUGUUUGACUUUGACAAGUCGGCCUUGUGCCUUUCUACCAAGCCUUAAACAUUGUCUAUUGUCGGAACUGUCAACACCUAGUCGCUCGAAAAAAAAAGAAAAAAAUCAAAUGAGAACUGAAUACAAACUGAAUACAGAUGAUAUGGCCCGAGAUCCUUGUCCAGUGUGCCGUGGACGGAUGAGAAACAAGGUGUGCACGCCCUGCCAGCACAAAUUCUGCAAGCGUUGCCUGUGCAAUGUCUACCGAAUGUGUUCCUCCAACACUUGUCCCAUGUGCCGGGAUCCCUUCGAGUACUACGUGCGCAAGAGAAAUAAUGGCAUAAGGAUUGUAUUCUUAUCUUAGCUAACAGGAGAUGGUGGUCGUUUUUGAACACACAAAUUUUGUUUGUUUUUAUCGCAGAGUUAUUGUUUUAUUUAAUAGUACAAAAUUGGAAUAUCAAGUUAUUUUUUAAAUAAAUCGUUCAGUUUGUGUUGUGUUCGAGCUAAAGUAAA